UCUGACAUUCUUACUGCUGACAGUUCAAACAAUAUGUCUGUCAACAGGAGUAAAGAUAUCAAACCUCAUAUUGAUUUCAAUGGAUGGUAUGCGAUAUAACUUCCUUGACAACCUAAACAAGGAGAGUAUUUCAAAUUUUGACUUUUUUAGAACAGGAGGUGUAAAUGCAAAAUAUAUUCGAAAUGUUUUUCCCAGUGUUACAUAUCCAAAUCAUAUGACAAUUGUUACUGGUCUGUAUCCAGAGAGCCAUGGUAUAGUUGGUAACAGUUUCUGGGAUCCAUAUUUGCAAGAUACAUUCUAUGAUAUAAAUUACCGACAAAAUUUUGAGUCGAAAUGGUUUGAUGUCGGAUCAGAACCUAUAUGGGUGACAAAUUACAAAGCAGGACAAUCAAGAGAUAGUGGUGUUAUUUUGUGGCCUGGUGGUAUUGCUGAAAUGAAGUCAUAUAUGCCACGUGUAAUUCCAGGUGGUUAUAUUUAUAACCUUACAUACAACUGGAACAAGAGAGUUGAUCAUUUGAUUGAAUGGUUUACAAAAAAUGAAUCAAAUAUUCGUCCGAUUAAUUUAGGAUUGUUGUACUUUCCUGAACCAGAUGAAGUUGCACAUACACAUGGACCAGACAGUCAAGAAGUGAAAGAUAUUAUUUAUAAACUUGACAAAACUUUAGGCUAUCUGAAGAAAAGGCUGAUGGAUGAAAAUUUAUUUAAUGACAUGAAUAUCAUAAUAACUUCUGAUCAUGGUCUUACAGAUAUCAGUAAAAGUCAACUUAUCGAAAUAGAUCAGUAUGUUGAUAAGACACUUUAUAUUGCUCGAGUUGGUUUAGAUACUCUAGUAACUUGCUUGGAUCCUGCAAAAGCAAGUACACGGGAAGAACUGUACUCAAAACUGAAAAAAAUUCCCAACAUUACUUUAUACAGAAAAGGGGAUGAACACUCUACGGCACUGCACUAUAGUGAAAACAGAAGAAUAGCAGAGUUUGUGCUGGAAGCAAAGAAAGGAUAUGUACUGAAAAAAACUUCACUAAAUGGACAUCACGGGUUUGAUCCAGAGAAAGUUCCUGAUAUGCAUCCAUUUUUUAUUGCCUUUGGUCCAGCUUUCAAGAAAGGAUUGCAGAAUGCUGAUCCAUUCAACUCUGUCGACAUCUACCCGUUGAUGUGUCAUAUACUUGGGAUUGACCCAGCACCUAAUAACGGAACACUUAAAAAUGUGCUGCAUAUUUUAGCACAUCCUCCAUCGCAGCAUACAUCUACAUUUCAAUUCACUGGCAUCACAUUUUUAGUGAUAGUAAUAUUUGUUGCCUUUGUUGGAGGAGUGUAUGCAAUAGGAGCAUGUAGACAAGGAAGAAUAAAACAAUAUGUAAAAGUGAACAGAAAAAUCAUCAACCAUUCUGAGUUUGGACAAUCAUCCUUGCUAUAUGGUAGCAACGGCGAAGAGGAAGAUGAUGAUUUUUAAAAAGAGGCAAUACACAUAAAACAUUGAUAAUGUUUGCCUUAUUAUUAUUCAGCAGUGAAAAAAUUGUGAUUUUAUUCAUUUCUUUUGAGAGUUACCUCAAUUUUGGGGCACAACUAUUAGACUCAAUCAAUUCAAACACUUGCAAAGCAAACUGAUUGUGUAUUAUGUAGUUUUUCAACACAUAUUGAAGAGUUUUGCAUGACUGUAGCAAUGUUAUAGGUAUAAUGACCAUGCUGUACAAGGUGCGUCUCUCUUAUUAAAUUUAGAUUUUAUACAUUUAUAAUAUAUAUUUUUUUAAAGUUUAGGGAUGCCAAGGGAAAAUCAUUCUUGUAACAUUCCAGAAAUAUAAAUGAGGGUUUUGAUGAUUUUUGCCCCUUUAUUGAUAGAUUUCUUGAAUUUAAUGUCCAGUGGCAAAUAUUGUACACAUAUUCAGGAAAAGAAUCCAUUGAUAAUCAAUAGGUUCUGCAAAGUGGGUACAAUGUGAUGAAGGUCAGAAAUUUUUACUGCCACUGGGAAAUGAGGGGAAAUUUGAUAGAAGAAGUUUUGCCUUGCAACAGGUCACCACAUCCCCCACAAAGGAUUUUUACAAGGGUUCUUUAACUUGCAGUUCAUGUGGCACUUUUUGAGGCAUCAUAUUUAACGUUCUGAUUGGCAUAGGACAUGGCUGAUUAUUUAUACAUCCCACACAUCCAAACAGAUGCCCCUGUUUAGCAUGGUUUUAAUGCCAAGUGGGAGAAGUCAUUGGGUUUCCAUAUUUAUAAACCCUAGUCAAUCCUUUUUCUUAUUUUUGAAAUCCUGUCGGUUUUAUAUUUCAUUUGUUAAAAGUAGCCUUUACUGUUUCUGACCUUUAAAGUGCCACAUUUUUACCUGGGACAUUGACUUAUUUAUUUUCUUUCAAUCAAGUUUUUUUUCCCAAUCCAAGAUCUUUUGAAAUUAUGCCAUUGCAUUUUGCCUAGCUUUUCCUUAUAAAGCCAUUAUAUGCUGACUAUGUGUAAUACCAUAAAAUUUGAAUGCCUUGUUUUUUUUCAUUGAGUUCCUUACAAAAAAAGGGGGUAACAGGUCUUGUUCUCUUGAAAUAUAAAAAAAAACACAAAUUUUCCUAUCAAGUUCAAUAUAGUUAUCUGCCCUUGAUUUUAAAAGAAUUUCAAUGAAAAUUUUAAAUACACUUAAUUUUUGAUAGUUUAAUCUUUAAAUUUCAAGUUUUAGAUGUUUCCAUUGUAUAUUGAAUGAUACUUGGUAAGAUAUUUUUAAACCAUAACAGUAUUUUUGCAACAUGCCCAGAAAGGAUGCUUAGAAAAAGACACCCAAUCUACCUUAAGCUAUAUUCAGUGUGAAAGUUCUUUUAUUAAAGGAUUCCAAUUUUCGUGGUUUUUUUUUUUUUUUGUAAAGUCAUGCACUGAUGGUUUUUUUAAUUUGUAGUUUCAUACUUUGCACAUAAAAAAUCAAAGUGAUACAUUUAUUUAGUUGAAUUUUUAAAGUUGUGGAUUUGUUCAACCAUGACAUCCAUGAAAAUUGGUUCAUGUACUCUACUUAUAUAAGUACUUUCACAGUAAUAUACUUUUUGUACAACUGAAUUUUAGUAAAGGCAAAUUUGAAUUGUAUAGUCAAUUAUAAUGUCAUAUUUUCUUCAUAUUAGUGAUUUCUUUAUGCCGCAUCAGCACAAAAAAAUUGUAUAGCGGUGAUCUUCAUAUAAGUAUGUAGUACAUGUAAUGUACAUUAUUUUAAUAAAAACAAAACAUCUGUCUUAGGUUACUACAUGUGCUUGACUAAAAUAUCUUUUGUUACUUUAGCAAAGUCAUGUGUCCGUAUUUUGAAGACAUCAUUUAAGCAUAAUGAUAAUAUACUUAUAGUUUAGUAUAUUUUUAUCCCCCCAUCCACAGUGGAGGGGGCAUUAAGUGUUACCCUUGUCUGUUUGUACGUACAUACUUCCCAAAAUUAGUUUUCAUUCUCUAAGUUUAGUUUGCCUCAACCAAAUGUUAUGAAACUUAUACACAAUGCUUAUUACAAUAACACACAAAUCAAGUGUGAAUUUGGGUGGCGUCACUUUUACAGUUCUCUAGUUAUGUUCCUUUAAAAAUAAGGAGAUGUGGUAUGAUUGCCAAUGAGACAACUAUCCAUCAAAGUUAAAUGAAGUCGAUAUAAGCAAUUAUAGGCAACCGUACGGCCUUAAACAAUGAGAAAAACCUAUACCAUAUAGUCGGCUAUAAAAGGCCCCAACAUGGAAAAUAUGAAACAAUUCAAUUGAGAAAACUAACGGCCUACUGAACUACAGGCUCCUGACUUGGGACAGGCACAAAAAGGAAUGUGGCUGGGUUAAACAUGUUUGUGAGUGCUCAACCCUCCCCUAACCUUGAACAGUAGUGUUACAGCACAACAUAAGAACAAACUAUAAAAAUCAUUUGAAAAGGACUUAACUCAUCAGAUCAAUACAAAGCAGAAAAAACAUUGAACAAAAACACAGAUUGGAUGUGGCAGGGUAUUUAUAUAUCCCUAACAACAACAAAAAUACCAAGUACAGAUCUGAGAGUAAUUGCAGUUUCUUACAGCUAGUUCAAAGUCAAUAACAACCAACUAAUAAAAAAAAAUCAUGAUUCUAAGACUAAAAUAUUAAUCAAUACACAUUCAACUUCAAAUGGAUUUAGUAUAAAGAUGUCAUUAACAGUCAGAGAAAACAUGACCUUGUACAAUGUAAGGAUAAAAGUAUCAACAGAUUGUAGUACCUUGAUAGUGCAUAUAGUUUGUUCUUAUGUCAUUCUGUUACACCACUGUCAUGGGUUAGGGGAAAUGGUUUUGCGCCAGCAAACAUGUUUAACCCGCCACAUUCUGUGUGUGACUGUCCCAAGUCGGGACCCUUUAAUUCAGUGAUUGUGGUUUGUUGCUGUAUAUCAUAUUUUUUUUUCGUUUAUUGAUUUGUACGUAAAUCAAGCCAUUAGUUUUUUAUUUGUCAUUUCAGGUCUUUUAUAGUUUACUAUGCAGUAUGGGUUUUGCUCAUUGUUGAAGACAGUACUGUGAUCUAUAGUUAUUAACUUUAAUGUCAUUUUGUUUCAUUGACAAUCAUACCAUAUCUUCUUAUUUUUAUAUUUUGAGGUAGUAAACCAAAUAGAAUAUGUCAGUUUCAUUAAUAAGGUAGGUUAGUAAGUAGAAUAGUCAGAGGCCAUUUUAGGGGGAGGGGGCCCUACCCCUCCGUAUGGAGCUAUAUAUAUAAAUGUUGGGUACCAGGGGCCUUCUUUUUCAAAAUCCUGGAUCUGCUCAUGAUAGUUGUAUUUUUCAAAAAUAUUUAAUAUAUACUUGAAACAAAUGAAAAGUUAGAAGACGCUUAGAUUAAUGUAGAUAGAUUUGUUUGAAACAGAUAUAUUUUGUCUUGGCUUAUUGUUUUUAUGCCCCCGCCACAGCGGUGGGGGCAUUAAGUUAUACCCUUGUCCGUCUGUAUGUACCAAAAUUGGUUUCCGUUCUCUAACUUUAGUUUGCCUCAACCAAAUCUUAUGAAACUUAUACACAAUGCUUAUUAACACAGAUCAACUUUGAAUUUUGGUGGCGUCCCUUUUACCAUUCUAGAGUUAUGCCCCUUUACAAAUGGAAAAAUUACUGAAUUUUUCGUUUCCGUUCUCUAAUUUUAGUUUGCCUCAACCAAAUGUUAUGAAACUUAUAAACAAUGCUUAUUACCACAAAACACAGAUCAAGUUUGAAUUUUGGUGGCGUCACUUUAACCAUUCUAGAGUUAUGCCCCUUUAGAAAUGGAAAAAUUGCAAAAUUUUUAUUUUCUUCUAAAUAUCAAGUAAUUUUUAAAAUUGGAGUUAUCUUCCUAUGAUUAUAGUUGAAUCAACUACAAUCAAUGCUUUAUACAAUGCAAUGUUUAAUUUUGACUUCCACUGAUAAAACACAGAUCAAGUUGAAUUUGGGUAGUGUCACUUUAAUCAUUAUUGAGUUAUGCCCCUUUAUAAAUCGAAAAAUUGCAAAAUUUUUAGUUUCCAUUCUGUAUCUUAAGUUUGCCCCAACCAAACAUUAUGAAACCUAUACACAAUGUUCAUUACCACAAAACUAAAGUACAAAUUUUUUGUUUCCGUUUUCUAACUUUAGUUUGCCUCAACCAAAUGUUAUGAAACUUAUACACAAUGCUUAUUACUACAUAAUACAUGUACAGAUUAAGUACGAAAUUUGGUGGCAACGCUUUUACCAUUCUUGAGUUAUGUCCCUUUAUAAACAUAAAAAUUGCUGAAUUUUUCGUUUCCGUUCUAACUCUAAACUCUAGUUUCUCUCAACCAAAUGUUAUAAAACUUGUACACAACCGUUCUUGUGUUAUGCGUGUUUACAAAUAGCAAAAAUUGCUGAAUUUUUAGUUUCUGUUCUCUACUUAAGUUAGCCUCAACCAAAUGUUAUGAGACUUCCACACAAUGCUUAUUACCACAAAACUCAGAUCAAGUUCAAAUUUGGGUAGCGUCACUUUUACCGUUCUUCAGUUAUGUCCCUUUAUAACUAUAUGAUAUGCAAGCGGGGGCAUCAUCUGUGUCCACAUGUGGACACUAUCCACAUUUUUUUUUCUAAUUUUUUUAUUGUAUGAUACAUGUUAUAUUUUACAAACACCAGUGUUCAGGUGUGGAUACAGCCAUUUUUAAAAGGGGGGUUUCAACACAUGCAAGUAAUAUAAACAGGGGUGUUCCUACCCCCUAGAUCCCCCACUGGUGUUAUUUUGUGAUGCAUUACUGAUGAGGCAUUGUAAAUAUCAACUAUCUAGAUUGUCCUGGGAGAUUUAUCUAGUAAAUAAAUUGUACAUAUAUGAUUUCCAAAUACCUUCAAAGAAAGUAUUUUAGUGAGCAGUUUGGAAUUGUUUAAGGAAAAAUCAAUGUAAGAUCUCUUCUUUAUCUAAUACACUUUUAUUAAACAGAUGAAUAAAAAGAUUAAUUGUUUAUUUAGUAAAAAAAAAACAAUCAUUACAGAUUAUGGAAAAAUUAAAACAAUGUAUCUUUUAAGUAUUUGGAUCUUCAAAUAUCAAGGUUUUUGCAUAGUAAUUAAUUAAAUUAUCAAUUUCUUGAGAAUUAGCAGUUUUAGAUUUUUAUACUCUUAUAAGUUCAGUGAACUACACAAUAAUGAUAGGUUAGAGAAAUCAAAGCCAUGUGAUAUGUCAUAGAAGAACUCCCUGUACUCUAUAAGUGCUUCACACAUUGUCAUGAAAAAUAAAAAGUAAGCUCUAUUAGAUUUUACUGUUGUUCAAAAGUAUAUAUCUGUCAAGUAGGGUCUUCUUACUAAUGCUGUUUGCUUCUUGUAUAAAUUUGAUGAAAGGGAGAAAAAGUUAUAUGCUCAAAACAAAAUUCUGAAAGGUAGAGUACAUAUUUUAUAUAUUAUAUUGUUUAUGUUUAUCUUGAUUAUUUGGAUUUUGAUGUUUAUUGUUAUAUAAAACACACGAAGUUCCUUUUUAGCUCACCUGGCCCGAAGGGCCAAGUGAGCUUUUCUCAUCACUUUGCGAUCGUCGUCAUCGUCGUCCGGCGUCGUCUGUUAACUUUUACAAAAAUCUUCUCCUCUGAAACUACUCGGCCAAAUUUAACCAAACUUGGCCACAAUCAUCAUUGGGGUAUCUAGUUUUUAAAAAGUUUGUCCGGUGACCCGGCCAACCAACCAAGAUGGCCGCCAUGGCUAAAAAUAGAACAUAGGGGUAAAAUGUAGAUUUUGGCUUAUAUCUCUGAAACCAAAGCAUUUAGAGCAAAUCUGACGAGAUAAAAUUGUUCAUGAGGUUAAGAUCUAUCUGCCCUGAAAUUUUCAGAUGAAUCGGACAACCUGUUGUUGGGUUGCUGUCCCUGAAUUGGUAAUUUUAAGGAAAUUUUGCUGUUUUUGGUUAUUAUCUUGAAAAUUGUUAUAGAUAGAGAUAAACUGUAAACAGCAAUAAUGUUCAGCAAAGUAAGAUCUACAAUUAAGUCAACUUGACCAAAAUGGUCAGUUGACCCCUUAAGGAGUUAUUGCCCUUUAUAGUCAAUUUUUAACCAUUUUUCGUAAAUUUUUGUAAUCUUUUACAAAAAUCUUCUCCUCUGAAACUACGAAGACAAAUUUAACCAAACUUGUCCACAAUCAUUAUUGGGGUAUCUAGUUUAAAAAUUGUGUCUGAUGACCCCGCCCGCGAACCAAGAUGGCCGACAUGGCUAAAAAAUAGUACAUAGGGUAAAAUGCAGUUUUUGGCUCAUAUCUCUGAAACCAAAGCAUUUACAGCAAAUCUGACGAGGAUAAAAUAGUUCAUUAGGUCAAAAUCUAUCUGCCCUGAAAUUUUCAGACCAUUUGCUGCCCCUGAAUUGGUCAUUUUAAGAAAAUUUUGCAGCUUUUAGUUAUUAUCUUGAAUAUUAUUAUAGAUAGAGAUAAACUGUAAACGGCAAUAAUGUACAGCAAAGUAAGAUCUACAAAUAGGUCAACAUGAUCAAAAUUGUCAAAUGUCCCCUUAAGGAGUUAUUGCCCUUUAUAGUCAAUUUUUUACAAUUUUCAUAAAUUUUGUAAAUUUUUGAAAAUUUUUACAUAAUAUUUUCCACUGUUACUACUGGGCCAAGUUCAUUAUAGAUAGAGAUAAUAGUAAGGAGCAAGAAUGUCCAGUAAAGUAAGAUCUACAAACACAUCACCAUCACCGAAACACAAUUUUGUCAUGAAUCCAUCUGUGUCCUUUGUUUGAUAUGCACAUAGACCAAGGUGAGAGACACAGGCUCUUUAGAGCCUCUAGUUAUAUUUUGAGAGAAAUAUUAAUUUUUAUUAUAUUUGAAUGGUUAUUUUUAAUAAUUAAAACAAGUUAUAUUUAAAAA